UAAACCUACGAAAGCAACAAUGUCCUUUCUAUCAGAUUACAUACCCAGUUACAUACAGUUCUUUCUAACCACCACCUCUAUAGUUGCUUUAGCGGUCACAAGUUUAUUAUAUACAUAUCAAUGCAAAAUGAUAUACCUCGCUGGACUUCCUGAAGGAUCUCGACAAGUUGUACAGAAACCCUCUGAAUUUGGAAUGAAUUACACUGACGAGACUUUAACGACAAAAGAUGGAGUUCGUAUAAAAGCAUACAUAUGUAAAUUACCAUUAUAUGCAAGAGAUAGGCCUACUAUUUUAAUUUUUCAUGCCAAUGCUGGAAAUAUGGGACAUAGAUUAUUUAUAGCAAAAGAAUUUUACGUAAAAUUGGAGUACAACGUUGUAAUGCUCUCGUAUAGAGGAUAUGGUUUAAGUGAAGGAACUCCAACAGAAAAGGGCCUUAGGAUUGACUCUCAGGCAAUAUUAGAUUUUAUAUUAAAAGAUGAGGAUUUGAAAAAUACAAAAUUAAUAGCAUAUGGACAAUCCCUUGGAGGAGCUGUAUCGAUUGAUUUAGUAUCCAGAAAUGAAGAUAAGUUCAGCGGCAUGAUAGUAGAAAAUACGUUUCUUAGUAUUCCCAAAUUGAUACCACACGUAUUUCCACUAAUAAAAUAUUUAGCCUUUCUUUGUCAUCAAGUUUGGCCAUCUGAAAAAGCUAUACAACAAAUUGUUAAUGUCCCAGUAUUAUUUUUAUCUGGGCUUAAUGAUGAAUUAGUUCCUCCUUCACAUAUGCGUCAGUUAUACGAAUUAUCUCAAACGAGAACGAAACAUUGGAAAGGUUUUAAUGAUGGAACUCAUAAUGAAACUGUAUUUCAACCCAGUUAUUAUGAUACUAUUGAAGACUUUAUAAAAAAAGAAGUUCUUAAAGAAUAAAAAAGUAACGAGAUUAUAAAUUACAAACUCUAGGUUACAAACUUCAGAAUUAAAUUAUUACAAAUAUUAAAUUAUUAAAUCGAUGACAUACCAAGAGGUCCACCUUGUUUGGCUUUUUCUUUUAAUUCUUUUAGUUUUUUUGCUUCUUCUUGCUGUUUUUUCUUGAACUCAGCGUCAUUCUAAGUUGAAAAGAUAAACUUUAGUUAACUGAACAACUAAAUUCUAACGAGAUUUUUAUUUAAAUAAAUAAG